AUGGAUGACUGGGAUUCCGUUACCGUUAUCAGCAAAUCCCGACCCGCUCGAGGAACCGCAAAUGAAAAGUCUGCCCUCCGACAAGCCCAGCGAUCUGGCAACCUCGAGACUCGACAAAAAAUGUUUGCCGGAACCAACAACAAAGGAAACACCGCCCACCAUGCCAAGCUCGAUCGAGAAACGGAAGAGCUUAAACACAAGACCCUUGGUAUGGAUGUCGGCAAACUCAUCCAAAAGGGACGCAACCAGAAAGGAAUGACUCAAAAAGAGCUGGCUACCAAGAUCUGCGAGAAGCCGCAGGUUAUCAACGAGUACGAGCUCGGCAAGAGCAUUCCGAACAAUCAAAUCCUGGGCAAGAUCGAACGCGUGAUCGGCAUAAAACUCCGGGGCAAGGACAAGGGUCAGCCAAUGGCCCAGCCAAAGCCCAAAAAGUAG